UUCAGCACGCCCAGUCAUUUCUUGGACCGAUCCCCUUUCCAGUGUAGCCACAUUCGCUCUCCUCAUCCUUCCCAGUUCCCGAAAGCCACUUCAACUGAGCUCGAGCACCAGGCAACGAGCGCGCGACACCAUGGCGGACAGCGCGAGCGAGAGCGACACGGACGGCGCGGGCAGCAGUAGCAGCUCGGCCACCCCGCAGUCCUCCUCCGCGGCCGCCUCUAUCACCACUACGACUACCACAAACGCCGUCAGCAAAGCGCAGGGCAUCGUGAUCUCGCAGUCCCGACUGGAGGAGUUGACGAACCGUCUGGCGUCGCUGCAGCAGGAGAACAAAGUGCUGAAGAUCGAGCUCGAGACGUUCAAACUGAAGUGCAAAGCGCUGCAGGAGGAGAACCGCGACUUGCGCAAAGCCAGCGUCACCAUCCAAGCACGUGCCGAACAGGAAGAGGAGUUCAUCUCCAACACCCUAUUUAAGAAGAUCCAGGCUUUGCAGAAGGAAAAGGAGACACUCGCCGUCAACUAUGAGAAAGAAGAAGAGUUCCUCACCAAUGAUUUGUCCAGGAAACUCAUGCAGCUCCAGCACGAAAAGGCAGAGUUGGAACAGCACUUGGAACAGGAACAGGAAUUCCAGGUCAAUAAACUGAUGAAGAAGAUAAAAAAACUGGAGAAUGACACCAUCUCCAAACAACUCACUCUGGAACAGCUCCGACGUGAAAAGAUUGAUUUGGAGAACACUCUGGAACAGGAGCAGGAGGCACUUGUAAACCGACUUUGGAAACGCAUGGACAAACUGGAGGCAGAGAAAAGGAUUCUGCAGGAGAAGCUUGAUCAGCCAGUGUCAGCCCCGCCCUCUCCCAGGGAAGUUUCCAUGGAGAUCGACUCUCCCGAAAACAUGAUGCGGCACAUCCGCUUCCUGAAGAGUGAAGUGGAGAGACUGAAACGCAGCCUCCGCACUACAGAACUACAGCACACAGAGAAACGGGCUCAGUAUAUUGAGGAGGAAAGGCAGAUGAGGGAAGAGAACAUUCGACUGCAAAGGAAACUCCAGAGAGAGAUGGAGAGAAGAGAGGCACUGUGCAGACAACUGUCAGAAAGUGAGAGCAGCCUGGAGAUGGACGACGAGAGAUAUUUUAAUGAAAUGUCUGCUCAGGGACUGAGAGCUCGUACGGUGUCCAGCCCGAUCCCCUACACUCCCUCUCCCUCCUCAAGCCGGCCAAUCUCCCCUGGUUUGUCGUACGCUAGUCACACUGUUGGUUUCACUCCUCCGGCCACGCUGAGCCGAGGACCGCUUCCCCACUACACAUCACCUGGGCUACACAUCCACCCGGGACCCUCACACGCUGUACAGAGGCCAUCCCCAAGGAGAAGCACCAGCCCAGAUAAGUUCAAGCGUCCAACGCCACCUCCUUCCCCCAACACACACUCUGGGGCACAACACCCUCAUCCUCCACCGCCACCCGCACAGCCGAUGGUUCAGUCUGGCUCCUCCCACUCCGUGACAUCACAUAACCUCCACUCUCAGCCUUAAUGCAUGCAACGUGCGCUACCGUAAGCUAGGCUACUUUAAGCUAGGCUACACUACUACUUGCAGUGACAACAACUCGGUGAUCUUCCACUGGGCAAACGUUGGAAGUGUUAUGGAAGUUGAAUUUGUGAACUGGGACAGCUGAACUGGGAAGCGAAGGGACUUGGGAAUGUGAAAAGGCAGAACGUGUAGAUGUUUGGCCAACAGACCCCAUAACCAGCCCCAUGCCGUUAAAUUACGUUAUUCUUACUGUGUUCAUGUAAAUUGAUCAAGUUGGUUCCAGAAUGGUUUGAUGAAGGUCUAAAAGAUCGUUUAACAGGGUUGUCAAGUAUGUUGCCUGAGUGUGUCUCAAUUUUGUUUGUGGAAAGUUUUUAGUCUUUCUCCCACCCCUAUUAAAUAAACUGUUUUAACUGAUUGACUGUUUAAAAUAAUCAAACAUUACCAUAAAAUGAGUAAAUACUUAAUUGGAUAAACUUUUCCUCUCAUUGGAGAGCAUCUCUGCAAAGGUUAAAAGCGAAAGAUCUGAAUCCCAGCACAUUUGCCAUUGGGGAGGCAAUUUACAUUUAUUUUUCAUUUGUUUUAGGAUGUUAUUGUUUGUAAAACAGAUGUGUGCGUGGCUCUUGUUGGCAGCAUGUAAAUGGUAAAGACAGACUGAAAUGUACUGAAACAGCACUUGUUGCCUCUGCGUGUGUAUUAUAGUGGGAUUAUAGUGUUUGUGUGUGCGGGUGUUUGUGUGUGUCUGCACAGCCAUAGAGGUUUCCCACGACUGCUGGUCGGGGACCAGUCUCUCCCUGCUAGAAUCCAAACAUGACUCACUACAAAAACAAAGUAAAUACUGGUUUCUGAUCAGCAGACCAACCUCUCUCAGAGCCCUCGCUGUAAAAGGAGAGCUUUGAAUGCUUAUUCAGAUGGCGAAAUUUGCUUAAUGCCAGUGUAGUAUAACUAAACAUGAACCAACAUGAUGCAACAAAACCAAGGUACUGUUGAAAAAUAAACUCAACAUGAUUAAAUGCUUGUACAAAAAGUAAAAAA